AUGCGGAACUUUAUAUCAAAAAUAACUAUUCUUACUUUCUUUUUUUAUUUUGCAUAUUUUAACAACGCACUUGCAUUUCAGGAAAAUAAAACAGGACAUCAUAAUUUACGUAAACCCAAGUACGAUAUUUUUAAUAAACCACAAAAGUUGGCUACGUACAAGUCCUUUCAACCAGUAAUAGGACAGAAACCUACAUAUAAUAAAGCUGAUGAUCGUAAUGAUUACGAUUUAAAUACUUACGAUUCUGAGUACGGUGUAGUGCUUUCUAACUUUACAUCUUCAAUAUACGAUGAUAAUCCUCCGCUAUAUCCAAAUCCUGACGUUAUCGUGAAGGACACUAAAGGUAUAUCGAAUAUAUUUAGAGAAAAGAAAGAACCAGAUCCAGAUAUGGACCUCCCGGAUGAUUCUUUGGCAGAUGCAGACUUGGCAGAACAUAAUAUAAUAGAUAGCGUUACAUAUGUGUAUGGUUUUAAUAAUUGUCACGGAAUGCGAGACGAAUGGAUGGUUUUGAUUUAUGUUACAAGUGGUUUAGCCGUGCUAUUUCCUAUAUCAUCUAUUUUGUGGUUAAUGUGGAGUGAAAGUGCCGCAGAAUUUAGAAGAAGUAGCAAGUUAUAUCCUAUCAAUAUUAAUCUUUGCUGUUGUCUAGCAGCUUGCACGCUAAUUUAUAUACAAGCUGCUGUGGGGGCGUCAUCUCCUUCGCAAUGUGAGAGAAUAGCAUUGCUUCUACAUUAUACGCAUAUUACUUGUGCAGUGUGGAUAGUGGCUUUGGGUGCUGCAGUUGCUGAAUUCUGUACAUGUGACAACCUUUUGCCGCUUAAGUAUAACUAUCUUCUAGCAUAUGGGGUUCCAGCUAUAGUUGUUAUGUUUAAUUAUGCGCUUUCAAUGGAACAAUAUGAAAUCAAACAUUACUGCUGGAUGUCAAUUGAAAAAGGUAUGGUCAUAGGUUUCAUGAUACCGGCAACGAUUCUCAUACUGAUCAAUACAGGCAUUAUCAUAGUUGGCUUACAAAGUAUCAACCAAAAACAGAAUGAUUUAAGAUCAGCGAAAAUUCAAGAUUUGGUUGACCAGCUCUUGGCAAAUUGGCCAAAAAACGAACCAGGCAGUUCCGAAACGGUGAACAAUGUUUGUACUCCCCUUCCCAGUAGAAAAAAUACUGAUAGUUCUGACACACUGGACAGAGAUUCGAACGAUGAAGAUAAUCCAUAUACGACAGUCACAAUGGGUGCAUCCAAUAGUGAUGCCAAUAGUGAAGAAGGAAGAGAGAUGAAAAGAAUAUCAGACAAGGACGUGAUUAAUUUGUGGAAAUCAACGGCGAAAAUCUCUUGGAAAAAUGGAUGGAAUAUUGAAGGCGAUGAUUUAAAAGCCUAUUUAAACCUUUGUUUGAUUCUUGAACCAUUUUUCGCCAUAAAUUGGGUCAUGGGAGUUGUUGCUAUAGAAAAUGCUGCGCAUUGGUCAACUCCAACCAUUUAUCUCAUUCUCGUUUUGUCAAUGCACAUCUACUUAAUGGCUACAAUUUGCACAACACUACCAAUUGUACAAAAUAAAACACCAGCACCAUGUACGGAAGUAUCUACUGAACCUACUAUUGUGCGAUCAAGAACAACCGACAGCAUUCCUCUAUUGGACCCGACCGUACAGCAAGCUAAUGUUACACCGGCACCAGUGGACACUAUUAGUACUAUAAGUAUUUAA